UGUGCUGUUCGGCUGGUCGGCCACCACAUCGUGGCACAGCAGGCAGCUACAUCACACGAGGGGCAGCAGUGGCUUUUCGCUUGCUUCGCAGCUAAGGUGUGAGCAAAAUGGCUGAAGCAAUUUUCAAGCAGCCCGGGGUAUCAUUGUUGCCACUUCUGGGCAACGAAACGGUUGAUGCAAAUCCUGGCAACCAACCCUGAUUGUGUUGGACGGGGUAGGAAGGAGUACAGGAAGAAGAAACAAGCUAGGCCCGCUCUUCCGCCAAACCAAGUUGCCAGAUUAGUAAAAGAAAAUGAAAAUAACCAGAAAUUCUUGAAAGGAACCAAUGAUUUGACUCUAAAUUUUUGCAAGGCUCUGUGGAUAAGUAGCUUGGAAGAAUUUAAUGGAGUUUUAUCAAAGGCAGAACAGAUGCAUACUUCAGAUGUGUCGCUAGAGAACUCGCUGUCUGACGCCUGGGAAAUAACAAAACUUCUUGGUUGCUUUGUCUCAUACUCGGUAGAGAAAAGAAUACUGACAAUUCUUAUUGAUUUACGAUACCGGCUGUCUGCUAAUCAAGAGGUUAUUGACAACAACCUGAAUCUAGAAUUAUCAGACGAUUCUACAGUUACUAGGUGUGACGCGAGAGAAGAACUCAUGAAGUGUAAUUCCCAGACAAAGAGCACUAGGUGUAGAGACAAAAAACGAGUUCGAGAAAGUUCGACUUCAGACUUUCAAGAGAGUACACCCAAAGAAACAGUGCGUAGUAGUGCAGUGGCGGACCCUAAACAGUAUCUGGCCUUCCAUACACCUAUGAUUGACAGCGCACAGUCCUGUCAAAAUUCUCUAGAUAAACAUCCUAAAUCGGCUGCCAAGCAGGAAUACAACAAAGCUAUGAAAACCGGGAAAGGAAAAGUGCCAAUUCUUGCUGAUGUGAAAGAGAGAUGGGCCAGAACGCUUUGUGAGGAUCUGAAAAUGUUUUGUGCGUCCUGUUUUCCCGGUACCAUUGACGACAAUGCGAUUUUUCGCGGAUGUAUUGUGCUGCAAGACAUACAAGAGGCAAAACGUAGACUGAAGAAUACGUAUGACGUUCUUCCGUGGGAGGAGGUAGAAUUUCUUCUGGCACGCUUUAUUUCCUUUAGUGUUUGGCAAACGCAGAUGCCCCUGCUUGAAAAGCUGGCACUAGAUACAGAUAAAAUUAGACAGUAUCUAGAUGAAUUUAAGAUCGCAUUAAUGGAUGUAUUGGAGGAUGUAAAACACCUGCGGAAGGAAAAUAAUUAUCCCGCCGCAGAGAAGGAGAAAUGGUUGAGAAGGCUUGGAGAGGGUCCAAGAAAAAAUAUUGAGGUCUGUAAAAUAAGUGCUGCGUUUGAAGCAGGUGCACAGCUGUCCUUCUUAGAAAAGUGGAAACAUGUGCGCACUGAUUACUGUCUGCUACGGGAUGUUUUUUCGCUGAGAGAGAUUAAUCAUCACAUAAACAAUGUGUUUGAGGUUCUUGAUUCGGAAAAUGAAAAUGUUCUUCAGCUUUUACAGCAGAAAGCAUAUCAGGUCACUGGUGAGCUUGUAAAAAAUACGUGGGAUAGUCCAAGAAUGUCUUUGGAUACGGGAGCUGAGAUAAUGCAAGUGGCCCCUGAAUAUUUUAGGUCUACAUUGAAAAAGGCCCGUGACAAGCUGGCUAGCUAUUCUGGACCGGGAACUCCCGUUGACUUUGUUGAAAAAGAAUUAGAAAAAGUCCAGAUUGCACUCUCCAAAGUACUUAGUCACAGAAUUUUUACGGCUCUGCUGCACUAUGCUGAAGAUAGAGACGUGGAUUUUGAUGAAGUCAUUAAGGAAUGGAAAGCCCUGCUGCCUAUGCAUGAACGAACAACUAGUUUAAUCUUAAAGCAGGAUCAGCAUCUGAAGGAGUUGUUACUUUUAGUAGAGGAUGAAGAGCGGGAUGCUGCAAAAGACCUUGAAGAAGCGAUUGCGGACGACACACAUACAGAUCUCCUGCACCUAGACAAGGCCAUUUACUGGGAUAUUUUGCUUAAUAAAUCAGCGGUCAGGACAUUGAUGAACAAGCUGCAAGACCUAAAGAGGAAGUACUUAUCUAGAAGUAGAGUACUGGACACGUUUUCAGAAGUUUCAAAACAAAUACGACUAAGAGCUGCCACAAAUUUGGUGUUGAGUCAGGUUGUUUUGGAGGCAGGUUCUUUAAAAACAAUCAGCUUUCCGUUGGGCCAACCGACUCCGGACAAAAACAAGGAAAACUCGUUUUCUGGGCUGAAUCAUGACUUGCCAAGAAGUGUCAUUGAUAGCCUGGUCCUUUCCGGACCAGGAAAUGGGGCAGGUAGAGGCGAGGAAAUGGACGUUGUUGACAAACUGCACCGGUGGAAGGACUUUAGUUCACCCACUUUGGCAGCCUUGGAACAGUGGGUUCUGUACAAAGCAAAUGGCUGGUGUCACGAAGGCAAGAGCAAAGCCCAACAAGUCCGUGCUGUUGUUGAGGUCGCCUCCCCCGUGCUAUUCGGCACGCUCUUGAGAAACUACUUGGCACACUCUGGCAACACCCUAAUAGACGGUUUUCUUUUCUCGCCGUCACUGGAGAUCACAAUCCUGGCCGAAAAGCUGGCGUCUGGAUUUCGUUCAGAGAGUGGUGCGCACCAGAAGUCAUUACCGAUUACGAAGGCUAACGAACGCCGAAACUGGCUCAGAAAGCAAGUCAUUGAACCAAAGUCUAAGCUGUUUCGGGCAGCGCAGCAAGGGAAGUUAGAGGACGUUAAGAGACACCUCUACCAAGGGAUCCCUGCUGCCGUACGGGACUUCCGAGGUCAAACGUUGCUGCACGUCGUGGCAGCAAGUGGCUCGCGGAGAGGGAUAGACGUCCUCAGGCUGCUGGUGGAUGCGGGCGUCCCCGUGGCUGCUGUUGAUCGGAUGGGGCGGACCGCCCUGCACGUUGCCACGACGCACGGUGUUGCCCGUCUCCUCCUAGAACACAACAGGACCAUCGCCUGUCGACAGGACGGUGAUGGCCGUACUCCAUUGCACAGCGCGGCGCUUGCUCUGUGGCCAGACCUGGUGCGCCUAUUCGUGGAUGAGGCCGGCAUCGACGUCAAUCUGCCAGACAAGGAAGGUCGGACCGCCCUCCAUUUAGCCGUGGGCCAGACGGUGAGCCCGGACCUAGCUCAGCGGCUGUCGAAAGUUGUCCAGUUUCUGCUGCAGGAGCGUGGUGCCGACACGGAGGUGCGCUCAAGCGAGCUGCUCCGGACCGCACUCCAUGAGGCCGCAGCCUCCGGCAACGAGGACGCAGUCCGCCUGCUGUUGGCUGGCCACGCCGAUGUGCUGGCCGCCGACAAGCGCGGCAUGACUCCUCUGCUGCUGGCCGCGGCGCGUGGCAGGGCAGGAGUCAUCUCUGCCCUUCUGGAAUUAGAGGGCACUCGUCAGCUGGCCUCUGUCGCUCGAGGGAAGAUGACGGCCUUGCACAUCGCUGCGCGCAGCGGUAGCGCUGCCGUAGCCGAAAUGCUACUGAAGGCGGCCGAGUCAUGGAGUCUGUUGGCGGAUGAGCGCCAAAGGACACCGCUACACUAUGCCGCAGAGUUUGGACAUCUCGAAGUGGUCAAUAUGUUGCAGGAUUUCCAGACGCGGUUGCCGAACCAACAAACGCAAGUCGACGAUGACGGGCUCACGCCCUUGCACCUCGCUUCGCGGAAUGGCCACUCAAAUGUGGUAAAAGCCUUGCUGCAGCUGCAGAUAAAGUCUCAAAACGCAGGCCCGCCACAGCCUCCGCUGGCAGACGCACCGCCACCACUGAUACUCGCGGCUACAUAUGGGCACCAAGAGACGAUCGCCUCUUUCUGCGAGGCUGCUCCUUUAGAAAUCCUGCGGUGCAAGGACAACAAAGGCAUCACGGCCUUGCAUGCGGCCUCAAAGGAGGGCCACACUAGCGUGGUCGAACUUCUUCUGAGGCACGGGGCUUCACCGAUGACUAGAGACGACUUGCAGCGCACCAGUUUGCACCACGCAUCUAUCAAGGGACAGAAGAGCGUCAUCCGUGCGCUUCUAAAGCACGUGAUCCUUCAAUCGGGCCAAAGAGUGGACACAGAAGUAACAAGUAGUCCUCACGGUCAACCUGAACGGUGCGCAGCGUGUUCACAAGUGUGGGUUCGUCCAGUCAGCGUGGAGCAGUCCGGUCCAGCUCAUCGGGCAAAAAACUCACCAAGUCUUGGAUGUGCUGUCGCGGAUCUGCUAAACACCACUGACAACAACUCAGAGACGGCGAUGCACUACGCAGCACGUGGCUAUGGCGAGGCUUUGGAAGUACUCCUCAGCCACCGUGGCGCUGACGCGCUGAAGGAGGAUUGCAAAGGUCGCACGGCUGCUUCACACGCGAUCAAAUCUGCCUCCCUGCACACGCUGAAGAUUCUGCUCAAAUGGGAGUCCAAACGCCGCGAGGCCACGUCGGAGUGGACGGAAGCAACUGGAGGUGAAGAAGUGGGCGGGACUGAAGGCGGAGUUCAAGCAGUCUGUGGAAAAGUAGCGCCGGCCGGAGGUCAAGCUGUGGAUAGAAAAAAGGCGGCGGGUGGAAGUCAAGCAGGUUGUGGAAGUGAACGGGCAAGUGGAGGUCAAGCAGCUACUCCUUUCACUCUUGCCCUAUGUGGACAGCCUCUCCAUCUUGCUGCCUAUCUAGGGCGCGUGGACAUGAUGGAGCUCCUGAUUAGUCACGGGGCAGAUGUAAAUGCCGUGGACGAAUGUGGCAGAGACGCUUUGGAAGCAGCAGUCGGUUGGCACCAAGACUCGGCGAGGGCUGUCUCGCUCCUGCUCAAGCACGGCGCAGUGCCUCCCUUUGAGCAUAAGCGGGUAGAUACGGCCUCCAAGGCCCUUGCUGUAGGGAAAGUGGACGUUGCGGAGCUGCUUCUGAAGCGUUUCCCCGACUUGUGUGACGCCCAUAAUGUAAAAUUAAUGCUUUCCUUCGUGGCGGGUCGUGGCCUGAUUUCCGAAACAAAGCAUCCCACAUUGGCAGCUACCCUCAAGGAACUGGAUCCGGUCAAACAGACAGAUUUGGGCGCACUAAUGCUAAAGCAGGCCACUGCGAGGGUAUGGCCAAAACAGCCAAAGGAAAAGCCUUACCUUAUUGAUGGCACGACUAAUAUAUCGAGAGAAGACAGAGCGCGUAACAAUUUGUGGACUGCAAUUAUGGCACAAGACAUCGAUGAGGUGGAACAUCAUGUCUUGAAGGGAGUCAGGAUGGACGUCGUGUUGAAGAAACCUGAUGUUACUCCUUUAGACGAAGCGUUAUUACAACUUAAUUCCGAACUUGCUAUUCUUUUGAUCCACGCACUAGCUGAGCAUCCUGAAAUCAAUGCAGAAGCAAAGAUUUCGGGAUUUUUUGGGGCUGGUGGCAAACCGUUGACGCCUCUACUCACCGGACCACGCCCUGCUUUGAAUAAAACGCCAUUGGAAUGGGCGGUUGAAUUCAAACGCCCUCAAAUUGUUCGGUCGCUGUUGAACGUUGGCGUUCCCCCGGAAGGCACACUCGUUGAUGGCUCUCUGAUCGACUACUGCGCGUGGUCCAUGGCCUAUGACGUCGUGGCCACUGACAUUGCUGACCGUGAAGAAACGAUGGACCUCCUUCUUAAAGCUACAUCGGAGUACCAUCAGGUUUCCUGUGAAAAAGUCGUCAAUGAUUUACGAGGCCUGGGAAAGGUGCCCGUGUUGUGUUUCCUAGUGGCACCUAGACUACCAAACGCACCCAGAGCAUUAAGGUUCCUGAUCAGUAGGGGCUGUGCACCCGACGGAAAACGGAACUCCAUUGGUUUCACACCCCUCAUGAUUGCAAGCAAAGAUGGCAACGUACAGUGCAUGGAAGAACUACUUGCUCUGCAUAGCGAUGAUACCACGAGAAGCAGAGUGCAGUCAGCCGACCCAUUUCUGAUUCCACACUGCCCCCCAAACUUUUCUGGCUCAACCUCGCUGCACCUGGCCGCUCAGAAUGGCCAUGCUACCGCUGUCAAGUUGCUGCUGAGUGUGGCGCCGACUCUUGUCCACGCAGCCGAUAGCUCUGGACUCACGCCUUUAGAGACUGCGUCAAUCUGCAUGCCAACUACAAAGGGUUGCCUGGAAUGUUGCCAGUUAAUAUUUCAAGCACUGAACCCAGGAGUUAUUAUGGACCAGCUCGACGACCUGCUGUGCAUCAUAAGAAUAUGUUCCCUAGAAUAUCUUCUAAAAGGUGGCUAUUCUAACUCUGAAGAAAUGUUCCUCCAGACAAUGCAUUGGUAGGAGACAGGGAACUCGUAGUUACGGCACUGGUUGGAAGUUUUAAACACAAUAUACUGAUAAAUUUGUUAAUGUCGAAGGGUAAUAUAUUGUUGUAAAAUUUAAUAAAAAUGUAUAAGGCGCUCUUGUA